UAGCCGCUUCCCUGCUGUGAAUAAACACUGCGUGCGGUUCAUUCAAUCUGGAGCGUCAGAUGGUGGGGCUGGCGACCGCGCAAGGUGUACGGCGUCUCUCUUUUGUCCUUCUUUAUACUGGACUGUCUGUUUUACCGAUCUUAGUCUAGGACAGCGUUGCUCUGUGUGUAGGAUAAGUGCAGAAUGUUUAAAUAUCCAACAGGGGACAAUGAGCGGUUAUGAAAUCCGGGCGAUUGAGGAGCAUAGGCUAGGACUCUGUUCGGCUCCACCGAUAUCGGACAAGAACUGAUAUUCUCAUAUCGUGGCGCUCUAUUUAGAGCAGUCAUACAAAAUAACGGCGGACUACUUUGAAUUCUGCAUUUCCAAUUUAGCACUUCGGUGAAAAAAGUAAAAAGACGCAGUUUAGUUCAGUUGCACACCAGGACCCGAACAUCCAGAUCUUGGAGGGAGGAGCGAUUAGAAGAACCCCAUCGCCAUAAACAACACUGGCUUUGUUUCUCAGCAAAGGAGCCUUUCAGAAAUAGCCUGGCACAUUUAAUUUCUUCAAGUGCCACUGUGUUCUGGGGAUACUAUUCUGUCAUUUGCUCACUGGCACUUUAUUCUGGACCAUGUGUGAUUGAAUUUUUAAUGACAUUUUUCAGAUGAUUUAAUUGUAGUUUUGACUGCUGGACUCAUUCAGACGUACAAUAACCAGGGAACCAUGGUUCUAAUUAAGAGCUGACCGACUUCCAGAAUUUUGAACAGCUGGGGAUGUAGGCUAAUUCAAACAUCUCUCCUGUUUGAUGAGAUAGCAUAUAGGAUUAUAACAUUUCUGGACCACUCUGUCUUCAACUCACGCUACCUGGAUACCCGUAGACUAAUCAUAUUGAAAAGUAAAUACGGAGAUGAGUACACAGGUAUGUCAAUAAAAACGCUGCUUUGACAGAAAAGCGUCUGGAAUUUUGGACUUGGAUCCGAAGCGCGGGCUGCUUUACAGUGCGGUCGUGUCAUUGCUCGUGUCCAGGCCACCUGCUGAGAGAUUCUGGGAUUUGGGAGUUACAACGAUCCACGUGGAGCGGAGAUCCAAAGUGGACAGUACACAAUGGGUUGUUGCAGUGGCCGGUGCACGCUGGCCUUUUUAUGUGGCAUGCAAUUGAUCAGCAUAUUGGAACGGCAAAUAUUUGACUUCCUUGGGUACCAAUGGGCUCCCAUCCUCACAAACUUUGUGCACAUCAUCACAGUUAUCUUGGGGCUCUUUGGUACUGUACAGUUCAGACCAAGAUAUGUUACUGGGUAUGCUGUGUGGCUCGUGCUCUGGGUGACCUGGAACAUCUUCAUCAUCUGUUUCUACCUUGAGGUGGGGGACCUGUCCAAGGACAGUGACCUGAUCAUGACCUUCAACAUCUCCAUGCACCGGUCCUGGUGGAUGGAGAAUGGCCCAGGCUGUAGGGUGACCCCGGUAACCCCCCCUCCCUCAUGGGCCCCGGAGGACCACCGCUACAUCAGCAUUGCAGGCUGCCUGCUGGAGUACCAGUAUGUUGAGGUGGCCCACAGUUCCCUGCAGAUCCUCCUGGCUCUUGUUGGGUUUAUCUAUGCCUGUUACGUGGUGAAGCUAAUUUCAGAAGAGGAAGAUAGCUUUGAUUUUAUAGGAGGGUUUGACUCCUACGGGUAUCAGGGGCCUCAGAAGACCUCUCAUUUGCAACUACAACCGAUGUACAUGUCAAAGUAACAAGGACAGCUGCCUUAUAAACCAGACACAGAGCUACCGUUCUAACAUGUUGUCUCAUUUUGUAAAUGUCUUAAAAUAAUAGUGUCUUACGAACUGUGUGGAGAACAUGGUAUUUGACACUUUAACCUCAAAAGACUCAAGAACAACACAGUGGAUUUCCUUUGUUUCUCUACCCAGCCCAUUUGCUUAGUGGUGGAGCCACGGUCUGGGCCUGGACCAGAAGCUAAGCAGGUGCAAGAGUGCCCUCCUGUGGCAAUAUUGACCUUACGGGACACAUAACUCUCCUUCAUGCUUGUUCUUCGUCGAAGUAAAAAGCACUGAUACCCCUCGACGGUGUUCAAGUUGAAUAAGAAUCGAGACUAAGCGAAACUGUUGUACUUUGUGCCAAGUUCUGAGAGCACUAGUUAAUUAGUGAAGCGUCAGUGUCAACAUGCUCUAUCUUGACUAGAAAUGCUUUAGGAAUGUUGAGUCAUUUAUAAAUAUGGCUUUAGUCAUCUGAAGUAGUCCCAUAGGCCCCUUCUAGAGAGUUGAUUUUAAUAAAUUUACAUGUGGAACAAUGUGUUUACAAUACAUACCCUUUGGUAAUUGAGAAUCCAUCUUGAGUUGGGCAGUUCCACGGGACAAAACUUUGAUGAAAUGGAAAAUGCAGCUAGUUGCUAUUUCUUGCAGUGGAUGUAUGACUUGAAAGUGCCAAGAACAACAUUUAAAAUUUUUGGAGCUCAUCUCGGGGAUAUCAGUUCAAUAGUUCAUCCAUAUUUGUUUGCAUGAGGUGUCAAAAUCUGUUGCAUAUUUAAUCUCUGAAAGCAUUGGACAAUAUCCCAGACUAAGUAGAGGUACCAGUUGGCCUUUCUGCAGCUGUCUUUGUAAGGUUAUGUGAAUAUUGUGCUUUUCUAAGACAGUGUGGAGUCUUGAGUCUAAUGACAGAGAAAACAAAAUGUAACUUCUUUCAAUUCUAGAAAUUUUUUGACAUGUGACAGUGUUUACUCUUUUAUAGUUGACUAAUAAUUUAUUAUGUUGUGUAUACGUGGGCCUUUCAAUCUCCUAACUGUACAAAGUGUCAAGGGAAACCUUGGGAAUAAUAUAUUGCUAAUAGUGUGGUGUGAGCAGUAGAAGGAGGUGUGUGGUAGAGUUUGUGCUUUGGCUGAAACGUUGUGCUUUUGUGUACUGGACAGCGAGGGAACCCCCCCAGACCAACCAGGACCGACUCAGAUUUCUCGGUAUCAUAGCAUCUUCAUACUGCAACUCUUCUACUGCAAAAAAGUUUGUAUAUCACCCACUGGGCAUAAGUCUAUUGUUGACAUCAUGAGAAAUGUGUUUCAUUUUUCAGGGAGGUGAACCUGUGGACUUUCUUGUAAAUUAGGUAAUAAUGACAGGCCUUCCAAAUCACUGACUAUUGAAAGGAAGUGUUUUGUUAAACCUUUGUGAUCUAGGAUUUCAUCUUAAGUAAAUACCAACUCAAUGAGGCAUAUGCCUAAAAUCCCCCUGUAAACUCAGUAACGCUUACUACUGUGUUGAAACAUCACCAAAUGAUGACUGAAUAAAGAACAUCUGAAGACAGAGCAUAAGCGUUAACCUCUUCAUAACAAUUUUCUGGGACUGUGUAAUAUUGGUAUUCAACUGUGUAAAAGCAAUACGAUCCAAUAACAUCGCUGGUGCGCGUCAUUGCAUUUUUUGUGUCAAGUGACACCUCUUCAAGCUAGUUUUGUUUUUUAACCAGUAUGUUUUAAUGAGUGAAUGCUAGGUCACUGGUGACAAUCAUCCAGUCUAAAGUGUGAAUGAACACUGCUACUGCAGCAAUCUUCCAAGAACCCUUCAUUUACAGAGAUUCACAGUUGUAAAUAUAAUCAUAUAUUCUCAACCAGUGAAAACAUUUUUGACCGGUUGUAUAGAUCUGAUUGACAACUAAAAUAAUUUGAUUGCUUCUGGCAGGCAAUACAGUAUUUGAUGUUCAUACAGUGUACAUUCAAAGGGACCCAUGUAGAAUACUGCAGAUUUUCCUGAAUACACCAUAUGUUGUUUUGCUUGGGUUUAGUGCUGACCUCUUCAAUAGAUUUAGCAAUUUUCUAUUUAUGUUAUUUUCAGAAUGACUGUAAAUAAAAUAAACUGUGGAAAAGGC